AUGAUCACUGAGAGUAAACUUUUAGUGUUUUAUGACUCCAAGAAACCUUUCCGAUUAUCGUGCGACUCAUCUGCCUAUGGAGUUGGAGCAGUAAUAUCGCAUGUAAUGAAAGAUGGCUCAGAGAGACCAAUACCUUUUGCCUCCAGAACACUGAGUGAAACCGAGAGACGAUUACCACUACAUGAGACAGAACAGGAGGAUACAGAAGAAGGAGUAUUUUCAUUGGAUAUGUACUUACCCAUCUCCAGUCAGGAGAUAGCUAUAGCUACCCGAAGAGACCCGAUUCUGUCCAGGGUGUAUGAUUUCACUCUGAACGGCUGGCCAGCUCAUGUAGAGGAUUCUGAUUUGCAGCCUUUCUUUGAUAGACGGAAUGAGCUUACACUGGAAAAGGGAUUGCUCUUGUGGGGGAUGCGAGUGGUUAUUCCGGAUAAGUUUAGAGGUCGCUUGUUGCUAGAGCUGCAUGAUGAACAUUUAGGAAUGUCUCGCACAAAAGCCUUAGCCAGGGGGUAUCUUUGGUGGCCUUAUUUAGACAGGGACAUUGAAGACAUGGUUGAAAGAUGUUCAGCUUGUGCAUCUACUAGAAACACUCCAAAAGAAAGCCCCCUGCAUCCUUGGAUUUGGGCUUCUAGACCAGGGCAACGAGUGCAUAUAGAUUAUACAGAAUAUAAGGGGCAGUCCUUUCUUGUUAUUAUCGACAGUUUUUCAAAAUGGCUGAAAGUCAUGCAGGUGAAGUCCACCACAAGCAGCAAUACCAUAGAAAAGUUAAGAACAUGGUUUGCCUCAGUUGGAAUACCCGAAGAAAUAGUGAGUGACAAUGGGCCCAAGUUUACAUCUUGUGAGUUUCAAGACUUCAUGAAGCACAGUGGAGUUAAACAUACACUUGUACCGCCCUAUCAUCCUCAGUCAAAUGGGUAUCGCAUAACUCCACAUAGCACUACUGGUACAUCGCCUGCAGAACUAUUUCUUAAGCGCCAGUUAAGAACCCGAUGGAGUUGCAUUAAACCUAAUCUUCGGGAGUCGGUGGAGGAGAAACAGCAAAAGAUGAAAGAACAACAUGAUGGUGGACAGUGUAAAGUCAGGGAAUUUCAGGGGGGUGAACAAGUUCAAGUGAAAACAACUAUUCCAGGACAAAAAUGGAAGUGGAUAUCUGGUGUGAUUCAUAGAAAGUUGGGACCAUUAAGUUAUCUUGUACGAGUUGGAAAACGCAUUCGCUAUUGCCACAUAGAUCAUUUAUUAUCGUCGUCUGCUACGAUGCUGGAGCCGGAACUUACACCGCUGCCGUUUGAUGUAGAGUUACCCUCUUUUAAGGAGCCAGGAAUGGAUCGGGCCUUAGUGUCUCCAGAUAAAACAGGCAAGGGAACUCCUGCGAUGGUGGAAACUCAAUAA